AUGUCAUCUGCAUCCAACCCUGCAAAUGAACCUUCACCAGCUGACACAGUCAACACACCAGCCAUAACUCCAGCUCCACCAGUCCAAUCUUUUCCCUUUCAAAGUCUUGCCCCACUCACCAUAAAACUUGAUAGAUCAAACUAUCCCUAUUGGAGGUCCCAAGCUCUCCCAGCCCUUCGGGCUCAUGAUCUUGAGGGCUAUGCUCUAGGAACAAAACACUGUCCACCUCAGUUUGUUGAUAAUACAAUCGGAGGCCCUAUACCAGAUGAACCGAGACAACUAAAUCUCGGGUUUGCGAUGUGGAGGCGCACGGAUCAAUCAGUUCUCAGUUGGCUUCUUAACUCCAUUUCUGAGUCCAUGUUUGGACAUGUGGUCAACUGUUUAUCUUCUCAUGACCUCUGGGUCACUCUGGAAAACUCAUACACCACCAGCUCUAAAGCUAGAACUCUGCAACUUCGAUUUCAGCUGCAGUCUCUCAAAAAAGGGAGUCUCUCUAUACAUGAUUAUAUUCUAAAAAUGAAAAAUAUUGCUGAUGGUUUGUCUGCCGCAGGUCAGCUUCUAUCUGAUGAUGAUUUAAUUCUUUACAUACUUGGUGGACUCGGCCAUGAAUAUGAGGCAGUGGUGGUCAACUUAACAUCUAGGCAUGAUCAAGUCACAUUGCAAGAAGUGCAAUACAUGUUGCAAAGUCAAGAAAUCCGUUUGGAACAACUCAAUUCAGCCUCAAACGACUCAUCUAUGCCUGCUGCUCAUCUCGCCACUCAAAUGCGCAGAUCUUUGAACCUUAACAGCCAUACCCAUAACCCAAACCAACACUCCAGCAGUCGUUCCUUCAAUCCCUCCGUAAAGAGGACGCACUAA